AUGGGCGAGGAGCAGGGCGCGCUGAGCGGCGCCGCGGGCCCCCCCGAGCCCCCGAGCCCGCGCGCGGACGGCGGCCCGGAGCCCCAGGGCGGCGGGCGGGGCCCGGAGCGGGGCGGGCGGCGAGCGGGGCUGGCGCUCCCCGGGCCCCUGGACCCCCGGGCGCUGCGGCCGCAGCCGCAGCCCGAGCCGCAGCCCGAGCCGCAGCCGGAGCCCGGGCCCCGCGCCCGCGCCGCCGACGAGCUGGUCCUGGACGUGCUGGGCCCGCGGCGCCCGCUCUCCGCGCGGAGGCAAGUGCUUUGCUCCGUGUUCUGCGUGGAGAACGACCUGCCCGAGGCCCCCGCCGCGGAGCCGCAGCGCCCGCCCCCCGCGCCCGCGCCCGCGCCCACGCCCACGCCGCGGGCGCCCCCGGUGACCAGCGCGCCCCCCGCGCCCCCGGCGCCCGCCCCCGACGGCGGCAGCAUCGAGCUGGACUUCUACCUGGCGCCCGAGCCCUUCCCCGCGGCGCCCGGCCUGCCGGGGGCGCCCCCCUACCCGCAGCUGGCGGGGCUCGGGGACCCCUACGGGCCCCUCAUGGUGCUGAUGUGCCGGGUGUGCCUGGAGGACAAGCCCAUCCAGCCGCUGCCCUGCUGCAAGAAGGCCGUGUGCGAGGACUGCCUCAGGGUCUACCUGAGCUCCCAGGUACAACUUGGCCAAGUAGAAAUCAAAUGCCCUAUCACAGAAUGUUUUGAAUUCCUGGAAGAAAGAACGAUUGUCUUUAACUUAACACAUGAAGAUUCCAUCAAAUAUAAGUACUUCUUGGAACUUGGCCGUAUCGAUUCCAGCACCAAGCCGUGUCCUCAGUGCAAGCACUUUACAACCUUCAAGAAAAAAGGACAUAUCCCCACCCCUUCCAGAUCAGAAAGCAAAUACAAAAUCCAGUGCCCCACUUGCCAAUUCGUCUGGUGUUUUAAGUGCCACUCUCCUUGGCAUGAAGGUGUUAACUGCAAGGAGUACAAAAAAGGGGACAAAUUGUUGCGUCACUGGGCCAGCGAAAUUGAGCAUGGACAGAGGAACGCUCAGAAGUGUCCAAAGUGCAAGAUCCACAUCCAGAGAACCGAAGGAUGUGACCAUAUGACCUGCUCACAGUGUAACACUAAUUUUUGUUAUCGAUGUGGGGAAAGAUACCGCCAGCUUCGUUUCUUUGGAGACCACACAUCAAACCUCAGUAUAUUUGGCUGCAAAUAUCGCUACCUCCCAGAGAGACCUCAUCUAAGGAGAUUAGUGCGAGGGUCGGUCUGCGCUGGAAAAUUAUUCGUUGCACCUCUAAUCCUGGUCUUGGGAUUAGCACUAGGGGCCAUAGCAGUUGUAAUCGGUUUAUUUGUAUUUCCUAUCUAUUGCCUUUGUAAAAAACAGAGAAAGAGAUCACGGACAGGAAUGCACUGGUAAAAUGCGGAUGAUUUCAUGUAACUAGGCCAGGCCGGGUAGGAGCCACACAGAAUGGCACACUCAUCUGAGAGUCACAUCUUGAGAAACACUGCGUCCUGUCCCAUCUCCCUGUGGUUCUCUGCAAGCCACAAUGCCUCUCGUGCCGGUGCACUCCCUACAUGGUAUCCUGUCCUUUCCUUAUACAGUUUGCUGCUUUUGAAAAAUGGUCACUUUCAUAGACUAUAAAUAUCUGUAUCAUAGCUCUGACCUUCUUACUGGUUCUUGGAAGAAAAUAUUUUAAUUAAGAACCAGUUAUCCUCAGAAUUGUCUGAGCAUGCCUCUCUUAAGCGUUGUUUGGACCCUCUUUGUACCUAAACCUCCUUGCAGGCCCUCUUCUGAGACUUGGUGUGAAUAGCUGAAAUCAUCCCACCUGUACAAACAAGCGAGGCCACUUUUCAGAAGAUGAAGGCUCACCAUAUGCACCUGUCUUUACCUGGGGCCCAAGCAGUAUAAUUCCUCCAUCCUUUGGAUGCUGUAAUUGUUAGAAAUCUCAAUGCCCAAAAGGGAACUAAUGAAACAAAAUUACUGAGAAGAAUCAUGAGUUACUGGAGUAUAUAUGUGCAGGGGUGUGAAUGUGUGUGAAUAUAAGUAUAUGUAUUAAAACUAGGUCCAAUAACCUUGUAUUUGUCAACUUCUAUGCCUCUACACUAUUUUUCCAUUUUUUCAUAGACGUAUUUAAAGAGGACAGUUCCUUUCUGGGCAUAUUUUGGUAAUAUGCUGAAUUAAAGUCAAUGUAGACAACAGUCUAUUUUGAUGUUGACCCUUUCUAUUCCUUGCUCUCUCUCUCUCUCUCUCACAUACACACACACACACACACACACACACACACAUACACCAGAAAUUUGUGCAAGGUCACCUCAAAGAUCAUCAAACUUUAUUAACUGAUGAAACUGAUAGGCUGCUUUUAGGAAAUUCUCAAGGCCAGAAUGUUCAGUCUUUUCAGAUCUUAUAUUUUGGCAUACAUGUUUUACUAAAUGAACAAAUCCUUCAGAUGGGAUUAUUUAGUUUAAAAAACAAAUUCGCUGUAGCAAAAACUGCUUAAGCCUUUAAACAAAUCACUGUUCUAAUUUUUUAAUCAGCUUGUAAUUACAGAUAAUUCUGCUUUAGGUCAAGUUGUGAUAGUAUUGGUAAACCCACUUACUACCCUCAGCUCUCUUUCUCUCUCUCUCUUUCUCUUUUUUAUCUUUUUAACAGUCUCCAAGAUUUUCAUUUAAAAAAAUACAGUUUUGAAGAGUUUUUCUUAUGCUUACUGCUCAAAUACUAUCAAAUGUGUUGAUAUCUUUAUGGAUGGAGUCAUUUGAAAACACAACUUUUUGUGUUCAUGGGUUUUUCUGAAAUAGAAACAGUUUUGGAAAAAUGAAGGAAAUAUCUUCAGGAAGUUUUACCAAACUGAGAUGUCUUUAAAAAGUAGACAAGGAUGAGCAACUGAACUAUGUUAUUCCUUUGUUUUCAUCAUGAAAGUUCAUCAGAAUAAUGGGUAAAGACCCCUAAGAAGUCUGAAGUUUGUGCUUAUCUCCAAAUCCUUAGAAUUACCCGUCUGCAUCAAUGUAGCAUUAUUUGUCAGCAGCCUUAUCUGAAUCAUAAUAAAUUCUGUGAUAAAACAUGCAUUAACAUGGAUAGUUUGUCUUGGGCUCUGAAAUAGAAAAGUACUUAUCAUUUUUAUUAGGCCUAAAAAGUCCAUGAUAGUGAAGUUUGCUUGCAUGGAUAAUGAGCUAGCACAAUUCCACUCCUUCUGAGUAACACUCAGAAUAGCUAUCCUGCGAUUUCUGGACUAGUCUAUGUUCAGGUAGAGGAGAGGGUGCCAUUUAUGACUCUACAAUGGCAUAUUUCUAAAGCAUGACACACUGCAAGAAAAAGUGAUGCUCUAAUUUCACGAAUUCAUCUUACCAUUCAUCCAUCCAUCCAUCCAUCCAUCCAUCCAUCAAAGAAAUAAUUUUGAGUGCCUAUUGUAUCUGCUCCAGUAUUAAAACAAGAGAAUGAAAAUUCCUAUCCUAAAUCCUUGUCAUUCUGUCAUAAAAGUGCUUAAUUUUUGUAAAUUCAUUUUUUCUGGACUUACGUGUUAGCUUGACAAUAUGUGAAUGUUAUGAAUUCUAAAUCUAGUGGAUAUGUGUAUGUAUCAUGUGUGUGUGUGUAUAUAUAUGUAAUCCUACAUACACACAUAUAUAAUAUUUCCUUAGCUGCAUAUAAAUACAAAUGCCACAUACAUAUAUACCAACUGGCUAAAUAAUAUACUCUCUGGUCUUAGAUAAUCUAUUUUCUUAGGUUACUGUAUCUCUUGUCUUUGACCUACUCAGGGAUUUUUAUUCCUUCCUUUGAAUAACUUAUCUUUUGGAGAUACUUUUAUAUUAUUUAGAAACGUUCCAAUUUCCCAGCUACAAACUGGUGUCUGUUAUCAAUGAAGGCUCUUUCACCAAUGCUUGAGAUACUGUACACAGUGUUGCACAGGGUUUUCAUUUUUCUAUUUCAUAGAUUUUUUUAAAAUUAAUGUAUGCAUUUUUCUCUUUCAAAGUUGGUAUAUAUUGGGCUUUUCCCUGAUAGUGACUUAAAAUAGUAAUUUGUAAACGUUUUUACUAAGUAUUGUCAAGAUCUUUAAAAAGAAAGAAGAAAAUAAGAAGGAUUAUUUAUAUGUUGGUGCCAACAUUGAACGUAAAACAGUAGUAACUUUUGGGAUAAAUUCUAAAAGCUACUUUAGAAGAAGAAGCGUACACAUAAAAUAAAUAGCAUUCUAUCCAAAGCUUGUCACUUUUUAUUGUAAAUGUAAUAUAUACUCCUUUAAAAAAAUCAAACCCUAUAAAAUUAUAAAAUACAAAUUCAUCUUCUCUGCCCCACCCCUUAUUUUCUAGGGGUAACCACUGUUAAUGUUUUGAUAUGCAUCCUUCCAGAAACUUUCUGCAAAUAUGUGUGUGUUUGUAUAUGUCCAUGUGUAUUAGUUUUAUACAAAUAGAAUAAUAGUCUUAAUGUUCUAUGACUAUUUUUCAUUUAUUAUACAUUAGUAGACACCUUUCCAUAAGUGUUUAAAUAGAGUUACCUCAUUCUUUUGUAAAUUACUACAUAUUCCAUUGUGGGGCUAUCCUUUACUUAAUUAGUCCCUAUUGAAUGGACAUCGAGAUUGUUUUUACUUCUCUAGUACAAAGCAUCAGCGAAGAACUUUUACAUAUAUUUUUAUCACUUUAUGUACACAUUUCCAUAACUUUUGAAAUUUGUUUUUUAUAAGAUAUUUGUAAUAAAAUUUUACUGUGUUUUCAGUGAAUGAAACCAUAUAUUUGAGACCCUUUUCUUGGAGAAAAAGAAAGAUUAUGUAGGAGUUUUUAAAGAAAAGCAUCUUUUGCAGGAUAAUUUCCCUCCUGCUUGAUUAGCCAAAUAAAUAUGUGGCCAAAACUCAUAAAGGAAAGUCCAUCUUAUUCCAAUAAAGAAAAUGCAAUGAGAUGUCUAUAAGAUAAUGUGGGAUGCCUAUAAGAUCCAUUGAUAUUUGGAUUGCCCCUUUUUAAAAUUUGAGGGAUUUAAAGGAAAUACCUAAACUGAUAAUGUUUGGCACAUUUUUAAAAUAAAAUACUAUCCAUGUUCAUGCAUGUUGCACCACAAAGGAACUUAAUUAUGCCAUUGUGAGAAAUAGGAAGCAAUAUAUUGGAAAUCAUGAAUGAUCGCAGUUAUCUACAAAAAAUAAAUCUGAUUAUUUGUAAGGUUUGGUAGUUUGUUGGGAUGCUUAUAAGUCUGGAAGAACAUGAAACACUCAUUUUUUGAAGAAUCCCAGAAGCUUCCUAAGACGUUCUGCAUGUGGAGUUAAGAAGAGAAGAAGGGUCAAACCUUUUGGUACAAGCAACCGCUUGUUGCCACCACUUUGAUUUUCUGAUAGGUGCUAUUGAUCCUAAAGAUAGAACAGACAGGAAAGCAAUCAAAGAUAAUUAAACACAACAAGAUCACAACCUUGUUAUCUCUCACUGUGCUUUCUGGACUGUGGUAUCAGGAUUCAGCGGUGCCUAUCUGGAAAUGGCCUGUCCUCUGCCACCCACCAUCUCUUGAGCCCCAAGCCCCUAGCUGAGCCUUUAUCAUUCAGUCCUACCACCCAAAUAUAUGGCCCUUGGCUCCCCUAAAAUAUCAUCAAACCACUGUAAUCUUGUCCAGUCAGUCUGGCUUUUCUCCAUUCCUCUGCUGACUCUAAUUAGCUCCUCUUCACUGCAAAAGAGGAGGAAAAAUGAGACAGGUGAGAAGCUCGCUCUGGCACGUGCAAACCAUCAAUAUACCUUCUUGAGCUUCGUCAAAUUAAGUCCAUCUGCCAAGACAUUGAUCCAGCUUCUCCCUUGUCAAACAUCGCAGUUGUGUUUAACAUUUGACUUUAUGCUGCCUGUUAAAUUUAUAAUUAUAGAAAAAGCUAGUGGCCUAAAUGAGAUUGACAUCCUUCAUUAAGUACGUUUUUUUAAAUCAUGCCAAAAGCCAUUUUAUUUUUUAAUUUUAUAGCAAACUGCCCAUAUGCCUUAAUGUGAGUCUUUACAAUGGAUUACAUGCAUAUCUUUUUUUACCUGCUGCUGAAAUCUAUCCGAGUUAUUGAAAGUAAUUUUUCUUGUUGUCAGCUUUAUUGUUUUGUGUUAAUGUCUAUUAUAAAUAUAGCCUUAAAAUUCAAUAAUGCACUUUAAAAUACUUGUGCCAUUUAAGUAAUUUGACAGAAUUAAAGAAGGGGUUACAUAUAUUUUGAUGGAGACAGUAGAAUGACAGUAUUAGUAAAUAUAAGUCACCUCUUUAAAUUUGGGGUGAGGAGGAGGGUAGAAAUCAGAGCCAAAAAUUUAAAACAAGUAAGAUAUCCUCAGAAAAAAAAACAUAGCUAAGUUCCUGAAAUUACACUAAUUCUAAAAAUUGAUAUCAGGAGCUCAAACAUAACAGGUAAUUAAUAAAUGUUACCUAAUAACCUAGCUGUAAUGUUUGUUAAAAUCUUAAGUUCACUUCUACGGCAUUUUAACUUCAUUUUCAUUUUUCAUGAAAACUAUAAAAAUUCCACUGGCUAGAAACUAGUAGUAAAUCAAAACUAUCACCAACAGCCACCUUGAGCAUUAUUUUUUAAAAUUUCUGUAAUUUAAUUAUGAUCUCCUUCUUCUGGAAAAUAAGUUGCAAAAUCCCAUUUUUAAUACAUACAUCUAAAUUAUAUAAUAAAACUGAAAUAACUUUAGAGAAGCAUUAACACGUGGUCUGAACCAGAGUUCUAAACUUUGGGAUUUAUUCAGGAUUGUGAAAUGUGACCUUUUCAAAUGCAACCCGAUGAUGCAAAUCCUCAAAGGAGAAAUGCAGUAGAGCUCCUUUAUAACUCUGGGUUUGAGGAUGGGGCUAAUACACAUUUUAUAGCCAAUUGUGAAUGUGGGACUGCUACUGUAGAUCCCUGUUACGAGAGUAGUACUUUAGCCGACUUUAUCAAAAUCCAAGAAGUAGAGAGUCACAUAGUGUGAGACUUGUAAUUGUCUGUUUGGAGCAUUAGCUGAAGCCGUCAUAAAUCACACAGCUCUUAGAUCCUGGUACUGAUUGCCAAUUAUAGAAGGAUGUAAUUAUGUGUAUCACGAUCUAUAUUCUUUUUAAUUUUUAUUUAUGUUUUGGCUAAAAAAGUGACUUUUUUGAGAAUAAUAUUACUUUAAAGGCAAAAAAAUUAUUUUUUAAAUACACAAAAUAUUACCACUGCCUCUUUGUCACUUCCUUUCAGCUUAUAAAAGAAAUUUAAUUAGGUAUAUUUAACUCUGCAGCACUUAAGUCAUACAGACUUACUGGCAUAGAAAAUAUUUUUGUUUUUCAAGUUUAUCCCACAUUUUUGUCACUGUUUUAUUUUUGUCACUGUCAUUAUUAAGUGACUUUCUUCCCUGUUUUUGAAGUAAUGCUCAUAUACUUCAACAUGAAGUUCCCGUUUUCUUUAGAUUUCCUAGUAAUCUAGGUUUUUCCCUCUUCUGUCCCCUUCCCGUCUUGGCCAACUGUGGAUUAAAUUCCAUCUCACUAACUCUGUUGACUAGUGAAAUGAAAUUCAAAUUCUGAAAGGACUCCAUAGUUUGGCUCUGGUAGUAAAUUCACCUUGGCGUACUUUGUAAAUUGAAAUAUGUGAGGAGCACCCCUCUUCUUGAUGGGAUUUGGAGACCCCUGCCUAGCCCCUCUGACAAGAAAUAAAAUGAACAGAUGUCAGUUGGAUCAGAGAGCCUAUAAUACUCUAAGACCAAGCUUCAGAAAUUGCUUCAUGAAUGUUGUAAAGUCAGUGUUGUGUUUGCUUAUUAAUUGGACAGAGAGCGCAUGUGGAUAUUCAUCAGACCUGAUCCCAAGUCCUUUAUGAUUCAUCCAAAAUGGCCACGUGUCUGGUUUUGGGUCUUUGUGUCAGCAAAAAGUCCUACAGCUUGGACUUGGGACUGGCUUUAAGUAGUAUAGCAUUUGUAUAUAAGAUUUGAGCACGGGUUCAUACUCCGUGAACAUUAUUAGACAUUUUGAUAAUAUAAAGUAGUAACAUUGAAUGUACGUGACAUUAGCCUUAUUCUAGAGAAACCAUUUGUCAUUUGCAAAUGUUCAACAUCUUCAGUGAUACGAUUUAGGUAUAAGUAACAUUCAGGUAUAUUUAGCAUAGUUUGGGUAUAUGUUAUGGAAGAGUCCAAGGGAAAGUCAAACUUGGGUGUUAAGGGCCCCCGUAAUUGUUGAAAUAAUGUUAUUUCCGAUUUCUCCUUCUAGCUGAGAUCCUGUGCUGUUGAUCAUCAGUUCCCUGGGAAGUUGUUAGGUAUUCACCUAAUGAAAUCGUCUCAAUAGUCCAGUCAAAUUCUUAAAAAUAAUAUUUUUUCAUUAACAUAUUACUUCCUCUAUGUCCAAAUAUACUUUAACUGCUUCUUUCAAGUAAAAACUAUCUAAAUGUUUUAUAUAUUUGAAUUUUUUAGUUUUUAAAAAAUAGGUGUGCUUUAUAAAGAAAAUUCUAGACAAAGUAUCAUGAGUUUUUAUCAGCUGACUACAAACAUUUUCCCUCAGGCCCCUUUUUUAAGUUUCAUAUGGCAAUGCUUUAAUUUUGUUAUUAGAACAUUUUCAUCAUAAUUAAAAUUCUGUAUAUGGCAUUGAAAAGAAUAGACCAAUCAUAUUUCUUAUGACCCAGAACAGUAAUUGGUUUAUAUAUGCACAUUACCAUGUACCUUGACAAGAACAACGUCUUAUAGAUUUUUAAUGUAAAAAUUAAUUGGCAAACUUGUUGCUUAUUUGAAAUCAAUUAUUAAUAAGUAGUAAAUUCUGAAAGAUCACAGAAAUAAUGUGUAGAAGGAACACAACAGUGGCAUUAAAAUGUUAAUACAUUAUUAAGAAACUACAAGUUGGUUUUGUUUUUAUUUUAAAUAAAAUUGGGCAUGAGAUAUAUUCAUGAAACAAAUAUAUUUAUAUGUGUAUAUCUAUUGCAAAACUAUGGGGCAAUUAAAUUAUUCAUAUUCUCUUUUUUCAAAAGAGUGUAAAAUGCUAAAAAAUAAAUUUCAGUGUUUAAUCUGUUAUUGCUAUAUAUUCAGAAAUUACAGCUCUAGAUAUAGCCAUUUCCCAUUUGAAUUAUCAUAAUAUGUCCCAUUUUAAUUAUAUUCUCAUGAACAAUAGCAAAGGAGAAGAAAUUUCUGAAUUUUAAAAUGAACGACUCUCACUAGUGGUUUCUAACGAUCUUGUCCAUCAUUUCAUUAAAUUGUGUAUUUUUUGUUUUCUGUAAAAUUUGUAACCAAUUUCCAGGUAAUAUAAAUUACAAUAUUUCUCAUGUUUAAAAUGAGCCUAGCUGAAAAGAGAUUUUCUCUUUCAAUGAUAUUGGAAAAUGUGUAUGUGGUUUUAUUUUUUAACUUUUUCUACAUUUCAUUUGUCAUACUAUUAACUUUGGUAUUCAUAAAACUAUGUGGAGGAAACUAUUUUGAGUAUAUUUUUUAAAAGAGGCAGGAGAAAUAAAAUGAGAAACUAGAUGGUAAUAUUAUGUAGAGAUCCCUGAAAGAGAAUUGGAAUAGGAAGUAACAGAUCCCAUUGAGGUGAAAAUGUUGGAAAAUAGGGAGUAUUCGAAGACUUUAACUUCUUACAUUGUUAGAGUAAUCAGCUUAUUUCCAAAUGAAUAUUUCCUGCUGUUGGCUCCAUGAGUUGUGAUUUUUGUAUAAUAUAUAAUUCCCCCCCCUACCGUUUCAAUGUUUAUGCAUUAAUUACUGAAAAGAAAGUAAGGAAUGGGGAAUAAAUUCCCUUUUCCAAUAGCACUAAUGUAUACUUCCUUAACCUUCCAUAUGGUGCUUUGUGUGAUGAGAGUAUAUAACAUUUAUAUAUGUUAUUAGUGCCUUAUUUUUUUCACUUGACUUUAUUUCUUACCUAAAGAGCCAUAUAUUUUUUGUGAGUGUUCCUUGGCCCCUGUAUUUAAAGUGCUGAUGAGACAGUGUAUCUUUAGUCUUGUAUAUAGGCUGCAUUUGCUACCUUAACCCACUGUAUUAUCUCUGGAACAGCAGGUUAGCCAAUAUAUUUUUCUUAAAUUCAGUGUUUAUUUUUAAGCUAAAGAAUUUUUUAAAAGGGUAUUAAACAUCAUAAUUUGAAGACAUUAUUAUUGAAAUGUACUUUUAAACUGCAAAAAAAAAAAAAAGGAAUGCUGAUUAUUAAAAUUUGAAACGUAGGUUGGAAUGGCUGUCAGCCUUUAUAGCUCCAAUUAGGACAAAACUACUUUACAGAAAAGCAUUAAAAAUAAAAGUAAAUAUAUGGAGCUUCAGGAAUUUGAUCUGUUUCCUACAGCUUGUCUUUGGCAAUAUGUUAUUUGUAAUCUACGUCUACACAGAUGUGGAACCACAUGGUGUUUGGCUAUAUACAUGUAAUCAUUCACAGUGGGCUUUAUCAAUACCAAGAUAUUUUGUAUAAUGUUAUUUUGCUCUUCUUGGUCUUUGCUUUUAUGUUAGCUUUAUAUAAAAAGCCGGUUUUGUUGUAUUCUUCAUGUAUCAUAGUAUAUAAUUGAACUUUUCCUGAUGAAUGUAUGGUGAAUAAUUAAAAUAAAUCAUGUGCUUAGAAAAGACAAAGACACAGGUUGUAUAUGAAAAUAUGUGUACAUAUUUGACAAAGAUAAAAAGAGGAAAAGAAUCUUCCUGCCAACAGAUAUGUCCUGCUGGACAGGACUUGGAAAUUAACAGAUUUUUUUUUUUAAGCAGUAAAAUUUAAAAAUCUAUUACCUCAAGAAUUUUCAGUGGAUACGUGUCAGUGUACUGCUCCUUGUUAGCAAAUACAGUCUCACUUGCUGCUGGCAGUAAAAACAACCCAAGUGUCAGAUCACACAAAUUUUAGGGGCAAAUCUUUCAAAAGGUGGAUACUUUGUAAUAUUCUGGAGUCAAAUUUUGGACUUUUGGUCAUGUCCCUAUGGCCUUUUGUUGUGGUUGGGCUUUUUUUUUUUUUUUUUUAUUGUUUUUGGUUGGUUGGUUUAGAAUGGAAGGGUAAUCUUAAUUAUGAGAUCAGAUCUCAUGGAAGGAUAUAAUGACACUCUACUUGGAUGAAAACUGUAAUGGGAAUCAACUAUUUUUAUUGUCACUGUAUGAGCUGUUGUAUGGAUUCCUGUGGAGUGCUGUUUACUCGCAUGAUGUGUGUGAUACAUCAUGCAACGUCAUCUAGCAAUGCUUAAUAAACGUUUUUAAAAGAGAA